GUCGGCGUCGUGACAGGCGUAGCCCAAGGCGUUUCCCACCAACAAAAAGAAAACGAAAAAGCCGCCAACGCAAACCCGGAAUCACGGACGACAAAAUUUUACAUCGAUGUGGUGAUAGAGGAUGAAGGAUCACGGUCACGAGGACGAGGAGAAGUCCUUCACGACAGCAUCGUCGUUGUCCGCGACGACAAACUCUGGAUCGAAGCCAAGAAUCGGGCGACGGGGUUGCCCAGACGCGAGGACUCGCAUCCCUUUACGGGGUUCUAUCUCAUGUACCCGGAUGAGGAUCGUUCUCCGGCUGAACGGGGUCUGGUGACGACCAUUCAGAAAGAUCCACCCAUGCUCAAUUGGAUCUACGUGGACAAUGACACUUUUGAGCUCAAGUAUGCCAACCGCACGGGCAGUAUUGCACAUAAAGUUGGGCCUUACGACUGGACGGACGAGUUCAAUGAUUCGAGUAUCACGCUGGAUGAUUUUGAGGGCUUCUUGGCUGUGGAAGAGGAAAUGUAUAGAAAUGAGCAAGGGCAUCCGAGAUGGGCGUUGUAUUACGACAAGAACGAUGAUGGUUUGAAAGGUCGUAAGAAGGGUAGAAGGACCAUGGAAGUCAGUCUGAAGAGGAGGAUGGUGGAAAAUCAGGAGAAG